AUGCCCGAAAGUGCAUUUAAUUGCCGCCAGAAUGAGCUUAUGAAAUUGGAUAUUCAGACAUUCGAAUAUGAAAUGAUAUUCAAAUAUUAUAAUAUGACCAUGGCGAAUAUUGUUCAUACAU